AUGCUGCCACACCAACCGGUCGACGUGGUGCUCCUUCCAAACUCCACCGGCGUCCCGCCAAUCACCCCUUUUGAUAUCUUUGUCAUUGUCAUCUAUCCCUCCAACGUAAUCCCCACUGUCGUCUGUGUCUUUGGUUCCUCCAUCCUCCUUGAUGGGAGGAUGGGUUUCUCAUACUAG